CAGCCACUCCUGGGAGGACCCUGCGUGGCCAGACUGUACCAGUGACUCGUCCACACUGCUUGCUAAGGAGACUCCAGGCGUCUCCUGCUGUGGCCGCUCCCUGCCUUAGAGGCCAGCCUUGGACACCUGCUGCCCCUUCCCAGCCCGAAUUCUGGUAUCUUUCCCUCUGAGCCAACAUCUGGGUCCUGCCUUCGACACCACCCCUAGCUUCCUACCUUGGGCUACUGGAGUCUGCCCCAGGGGCCCUUGUCCUGGGCCAUGGCCCAGAAGGGGGUCCUGGGGCCUGAGCAGCCGGGGGCUGUGGCCAUUCUGCUCUAUCUUGGAUUAUUACAGUUGGGAACAGGAGCGGAAGGGACAGAAGCACCCUGCGGUGUGGCCUCCCAAGCACGCAUCACAGGUGGCAGCAGUGCAGACCCCGGGCAGUGGCCCUGGCAGGUCAGCAUCACCCACGACGGCGUCCAUGUGUGUGGCGGCUCUCUUGUGUCUGAGCAGUGGGUGCUGUCAGCUGCUCACUGCUUCCCAAGCGAACACGAAUACCGCAAGCAAGACUAUGAGGUCAUGCUGGGGGCCCACCAGCUGCUGCACUACUCCCCGGACGCCAAGGUCAGCACCGUGAAGGAAAUCUUCACCCACCCUAGCUACCUCCAGGAGGGCUCCCAGGGUGACAUCGCACUCCUCCAACUUGACAUUCCCGUCAGUUUCUCCCGCUACAUCCGGCCCAUCUGCCUCCCUGCAGCCAAUGCCUCCUUCCCCAAUGGCCUCCACUGCACUGUCACUGGCUGGGGCCACACGGCCCCCUCAGUGAGCCUCCAGGCCCCCAAGCCACUGCAGCAACUCGAGGUGCCUCUGAUCAGUCGUGAGACGUGUAACUGCCUAUACAACAUCGAUGCCAAGCCUGAGGAGCCGCACUUUGUCCAGGAGGACAUGGUGUGUGCCGGCUACGUGGAAGGGGGCAAGGACGCCUGCCAGGGUGACUCUGGGGGGCCACUCUCCUGCCCCGUGGAGGGUGUCUGGUACCUGACGGGCAUUGUGAGCUGGGGCGAUGCCUGUGGGGCCCGCAACAGGCCUGGUGUGUACACUCUGGCCUCCAGCUAUGCCUCCUGGAUCCACAGCAAGGCACCAGAACUCCAGCCUCGUGUGGUGCCCCAAACCCAGGAGUCCCAGCCUGACAUCAACCUCUGUGGCAGCCACCUGGCAUUCAGCUCUACCCCCUCAGCCCAGGCCUUGCUGAAGCCCAUUCUUCUCCUGCCUCUGGGUCUGGCUCUGGGCCUCCUCUGCCCAUGGCUCAGCGAGCACUGAGCUGGCCCUGCUUCCAGGACGGAUGCGUCACACUCAAGAACAGGAGCCUGGUCCUUCCCUGAUGGCCUUUGGACACCGGGCCUGGCUUGGGACGCUCCUUCUUCCAGGACUCUGCAGGAGGCUGGCGCCCGAUCUUGAUCUUUGAGCCCAUUCUUCUGGUGUGCUCUUUGGGACUGUAACCGACAGUCACAAGUUUUAUUGCCUGUGGCAAUGAUCAGAGCCUUUGGCCCCUCACCUGCCGUGGACCAGCCCAUUGGCCAGGCUCCUAUGGAGCUCCUGGGACCCUUGGCUAUGCAAAUGAGCGCUGGCUCCCACCUGUUUCCGGAAGACUGCUCCCAUGCCCGCCCGCCAGCCUGAUGAGCAUACCUCUCUGCCCUCUCCCUGUGUUCGGGGCUCGGGCCACCUUUGUGCAGCUUCUUUUUUCAAGGACAGGAAAGGUCCCAAUCUUGCCCACUGGCCACUGAGUGCCCCUGAGCCCUGACUCCUAGACUCCGGAGGACUGAGCCCCCACCGGAACUGGGCUGGCGCUUGGAUCUGGGGUAGGGGUAACAGGGCAGGAAGGAGUAAAAUGUUUGAGCACAA